AAACAUUUCGAUUUUAUUGUUAAAUCAUGUCCGUGCGCCUGUCUCCAUCCAAGCCCUUGUUCCCCCGACGCGUCGCGGCUGACAGAUCCACGGGCUGGGCGGUGCGUGGCACCACGUGACCCAGCUCCGAGGAGGCGAAGCUUCAUAAGACUGAAGGCACAAAGAGAAGGACAGGAGGAGAGGCUGGAGGCAGCAGCAGCAACCUGUGUCCACGGAGGAGGCGCGCCGACCAGGAACACUUCUCCAGACAUCCCACAAACUUCUCCGACACGAAGAAGAGACAGAGACAACCCUGAAACAAGUGAUGGUGUGACCCGACGCAGAAACGCCAUCUGUUCCUCCUUGAAGUCGCAUCUUUGGAGAGAUGCGCUUCUGACUUGGAUUUACGCGCGGUGAGACAGGACGGUUCUGCACACGCGGGAGAAUUAUGUAAGGUUGUCCGGACAUCUUAGACUGCAGCAUUACCCUCAGACACAGCCAUGAAAUCCGUGCUCGAUGGUGUGGCGGACACCACCUUCCGGACUAUCACAUCUGGCUUACAGUAUCUGAGCUCCAACGAUGCCAACUAUGACAACCCCAUCGGCGAUGCAGACUUCAAGGGCAGCUUCUCCAUGCAGAAGCCCCUGUCUGCUUUCCGCAGCAACUCCUUCCCCAACAAAGUACCUGCCGAUGAAGAGCUCAUCCUGAAGGGCGUCCCGUUCUUCCCCACCAAUGCUACAGACGUGUUUGGCAACCGGAGCACGAUCAGAGAUGAGACUAACAUACAAUGUGGGGAGAACUUCAUGGACAUGGAGUGCUUCAUGAUUCUCACCCCCAGCCAGCAGCUGGCCGUGGCUGUGAUGUCUCUGACUCUGGGCACCUUCACGGUGCUGGAGAACCUGGUGGUGCUCUGCGUCAUACUGCAGUCCCGCACCCUCCGCUGCCGGCCCUCCUACCACUUCAUCGGCAGUCUGGCUGUGGCUGACCUUCUGGGCAGUGUGAUCUUUGUCUACAGCUUUUUGGACUUCCACGUCUUCUACAGGAAGGACAGCCCCAAUGUUUUCCUUUUCAAGCUGGGCGGGGUCACGGCGUCGUUCACGGCGUCGGUCGGAAGCCUUUUCCUCACCGCAAUCGACCGCUACAUCUCCAUCCACCGGCCCCUCGCCUACAGGCGCAUCGUGACGCGGACCAAGGCUGUCAUAGCCUUCAUCAUGAUGUGGGCCAUCUCCAUCAUCAUCGCAGUGCUACCUCUGCUGGGCUGGAACUGUAAACGACUCAAUUCUGUUUGCUCAGACAUCUUCCCCCUCAUUGACGAGAACUACCUGAUGUUCUGGAUCAGUGUAACCAGCGUGCUGGUUCUGUUCAUCAUCUACGCCUACAUUUACAUUCUGUGGAAAGCUCACCACCACGCUGUGCGCAUGCUGAGCCGUGCCUCCCAGAAGAGCCUCGUGGUCUACUCAGCAGAUGGGACUAAAGUGCAGACGACGCGCCCCGAUCAGGCGCGCAUGGACAUCCGUCUGGCUAAGACCCUAGUGCUUAUCCUGGUGGUGCUGGUGAUCUGCUGGGGCCCGUUGCUCGCCAUCAUGGUCUACGACCUCUUCUGGAGGAUGGACGACGACAUCAAGACGGUGUUUGCGUUCUGCAGCAUGCUCUGCCUGCUCAACUCCACCGUCAACCCCAUCAUCUACGCCUUGAGGAGCAAGGACUUGCGGCACGCCUUCCUCAGCUCGUGCAACGCGUGCAGGAGCAACACCCAGCAGCUGGACAACAGCCUGGAGUCGGACUGCCAGAACAGGAACGCACACAUUUCUGCCAACAGGGCUGCAGAGAGCUGCGUGAAGACCACUGUGAAAAUAGCCAAAGUAACAAUGUCCGUGUCCACCGAAACCUCUGCAGAAGCUGUCUAACUAGCCAUGGUGGGGGGGAUAAAAUGUGUAAAUGUCAUCACACAAUGCCAUUCUGCACAAAACAACAGAGGCUAUACGUAUUCAAGAGAAGUCCUCUUCACAUUAAGGCUUGGGUGGCGCCAUAACUUUAUGUUUGUCUAUCUAUAAGAACAAGGUGUGCCAAAGUGCCAAAUGGUAUUGCAAGACCUCUGAAAGGACUCAACUGGAAAUGAGUAUAUGAAAGACUAUCAUAAGUCUGCUGUUUACCAUAGACUUCAUGAUACCCAGUUAGUAAAGGCAUAUUAUAUUUUUGUACUGUGAUUUCAGGUUUAAAAAAACUAUAUCUUCAUUUAUGGGAAAAGGGGCUACUGACAUUUUUAAGUAGAGAUGUUUUACAGCGUCAUUUAGGACUUAACAUGUGUCUUGCACGGUAAAAACAGCCCAACGUUGCAACGCCUUGACUUUCUACAGGCUUCAUGUUGCGCACGUUGGACUUUUCUAUAAAGAUAAGAAAAAUGCAGUCAGUUAAACGUUCCUUUCGAAUUUGCCAUGAAACGUGUCACUUUUCUCUGUGUCCUGACGUCGCUCCACGAGUGGCCAAAAGAAUUUUCAGACGCGACGAGUCAAUGAAAAAAAAAAAAAAAACUAACUAAAGGGGCGAGUGAAACGGACGCACAGCUUCGAGUUUAUGUAUUUCGAGACGGUACUUUUCGUGGCAGAGUGCUUUCUUUUUUGUUUUCUUGCUGGCUGUUGUACUUGCUGGGUACCGUGACUUUAUUCAAACGUGCACCCGACAAAUGUACAGUGAUUUUCUUGCAAAGCGAAGCGUUCCGGUUGAGUCCUUCGUGACGCAAACGCCAAGAUUUUGUUCAAAGCUUGAGGAGACGCAGUGUGCUGGUCACUACUGCGGUACCCUGAAGACUAUAGCUGCUUUCAUCCCAUGUAUGACUUUACUGGACGUGUGUGAUUCCUUGUGACUUGGUGUUUCGAACCCCAAAGCCUUUUCUUUUUACUGUUGCGGUGAGCUGUUUUAGUGCCACUGUUCCAACAGUGGGGAUGGACGGGCAUCAUUUUGCAAAACAAAAACAAAAAAGAAACCCGUGCACAGAGCUAGUGACGUAGUUUUGGCGUAACUCUGAAUACAAAAAAAAUUAAAUAUGUCUGCUGUUAAUUUGUUACUUCUUAAAACAAAGGUCUUUAACUGGUCACUUGAAUGGAAGUUUGUGUGGGAAAAACUACACAGAGCUGAAAAAAACAAAGGAAAAAAAACGAACCUUACAGUGAGAAGAUGUGAUUUUUUUUUUCUAAUAGAUUUUGUAGUACUUUCAAUCUAGAAAACCUCACAGCACAAUGGUUCUGUAGACAUUUAUCUCGGUGUGAAGUUAUCCAAACAGCUGUUUAUCAGUAACGCUUUGCUGCCUCAGUGUAAUUUUAAAUAUUCAAGGUCAAAAUGUCAACUGUUAAGUGGCUUCUGUAUAUUGGUGGCAUAAUGAGAAAUCUAUGACUUCAGAAAUCAAACAGUCAAGUGUUUUUACUAUUGCUGUGUUCAAACCUUUUGAAUAAAGUUCCAGCUGGUGUCGUUG